UCCCAGGCAUAUGGCUGGCUUUUGUCGGCUCCCCUCCCCCUCCCUUCCUUCCCUCCUGCCGUCCGCUCCGCAGCAGCAGCAGCAGCAGCAGCAGGACAGAGGUAGUUCAGUUUUUGAAGCCGUGGCAUGAAUGAUCUCAUCUGAACCUGAUCUCCGCUUUCCCUGCCGUCGAUCCUAUGACCGAGACGGGAAUAAAAUAACACAAACACGAGGAGUCUUGCUUCAGACUGGCCUAAAAUGGGCAGAAAUGGUGCUGAACAAAAGCUGCUUGUCGCUCGUACAAAAGUACUUGAAGCGUUGCAGCCCGGACCAAGCUGCAUUGCUAUUGCCUGUGCCUCUCAACAGGAAAGAGAGACAACAUGUUCCCGAAGGGCACCAAGCGCAAGUUCUCAGAUUCCGGGGAGGAGCCAGUCAAUGGCGGUGACCAGGUCCCUGCAGCUUCAUCUGCAGUGGCUCGGACGCUGUCGUCGUCCUACAGCCUGCAGAGGCAGUCUCUUCUUGACAUGUCGCUGAUCAAGUUGCAGCUCUGCCACAUGCUGGUGGAGCCGAACCUGUGCCGCUCGGUGCUCAUCGCUAACACGGUGCGGCAGAUCCAGGAGGAGAUGACCCAGGAUGGCACCUGGCAGAUAAUGACCCAGGCCCUGGCAGCCGCCCAAUGUCCUGCAGACCGCCUGGUGGCCACAGAGGUGCUGUGCCGGCAGACAGACCCAGCAGCUCAGGCCAGCCAAAGUCCGAAGCCCUUCUCAGUGGUCGGUCUGGAAGAGGGCUACCACACUGAGGAGGUGGUGAUGGACGGAGAAGGGGAGACAGAGGUAACCAUGUCCACUUUGUCGCCAGUUUCUCCGCAGCUGUCCUCCGCUUCUUACCUGGCAGGACCCUUCGGCAUGGGACCCUGCUGGGAGGACGAAGAGGACGAUGGUGACUGCGAGGAGGACGAGGAGGAGGACAGCGAGGAGUGUGUGUCUGAAGGAGAGGAGGCAGACCGGGACCACCUGAGUGCAGACUCCAGGACAGGGGAGCAGGUUUUUGGGACUUUCGAGAUCAAGCACCCAGCGCCGCCCCCUGACCCUGCCCUCGAAGAACUUUUUUCAGACGUGGACCCCUCCUAUUAUGACCUCGAUACGGUGCUGACAGGCAUGCAGACGGCCCCAAAGAUGGGCCCUUACGAUCUGCUGGAGAGCCUUUCCUCUCACGGGCCAACAGCCCUGAGCUCCAGCACGAGCUGCAGGUCAGACCUGAAUGAACUGGACCACAUCAUGGAGAUCAUAGUGGGAUCCUGAAACUCAAAACAUUCCUCUGGCCUGUACUGAUCCCUCAGACUCUUUCCAGACUAUGCACAGUACACGUGCAUGUUCUGUUUGUGGUAUUGUUGCACACGGAGAUUGAAGGUUUUGGGACAAGGUGGGAAAUUAUCAGCACGCCGAGUAGAUUUUGGGAUUGGCAGUUAGGGGUAUAGUUAGUCUGCUCUAACGGCCGCUUAGGCAAGUCGGCAGCUGCUGUCCGGACCUUCAUCUUUUAAAAUAAUUGGCUGUUAAAGUUCUGAGGAUGGAAUCAAUGAAUUUUGGGAUUGGUGAGCCUUCCUGGCUUGCAGGCAAAGCAGUUAAUUUCCCACUUUGUGGUUGAAAUCCCAAACCUGACAAUAUCAGUGAGAGGGCAAAGAUAAUUACCUAUACCAUGAUGCAUUCUUAUUUACGUACUUUCCAUGUUUACGUCUGUCAUACAUUCUGUCAUACUAGCUCCUUCUGGACGUAUUCGCUGCCAUUUUGUCCAUUUCUAUUUAUUAUUACAUGGACUGAGGAACAAUUCAUCACACUACACGCAUCAGAAACCAGAACAAAUUGUAAAUCCAAAUCUAUGAAUCAAUGCAUAUUUUCCUAAAGAUUUGAGCAAUUAUGAAUGGAAUAUAUGUAUAUGUACGUAUGUGUAUAUAGAAAUAUAUUUUUUGCAUUAUACAGCUGGGGGAUUUUGCAAGUAUCAUUUGAUAUUAUUAUUAAUUUUUGUCCCUCCCAAGCGGUUUUUAAGAUUUUAAUGUAGCCAGACUCGAGACAGUGUCUUCCCAUGGUUUGGUAUAAAUAGUCGACUGUAACAGGUGUCAGGGCUGGCAUCGUCACACUUUCUAGGCGCUGUUCUUUCAUUUCUCAAAAGCUUUAUGCAGGGCAGUGAAAUUACUGACAACCACCGACCACACGUUGGUUUUAGAUUUAUCCCUCUCUGGUAAGUUUCACAGUAUUUAGCGGACAAAUCGGAGUAAUUUCCCUGCCCUGCUUUUCAUACAGAUCUAAUGACAAUAACAGCUUUUUUCUAAAGCAUUUGGUGAAACCACGGGGUGAUAACUGCAUCAAGAAGCCAUAUUUCUUUCUCUCAUUUGUUCGAACUACAAAUGAAGAAUUCUGUGUGUUAACCCAACCUAAUUUAUUGUUUUAUUUAUUGUAUUUAUUAUAUCUAGGUACAGACAUGCCAUUUUGAUUCAUCAAAUCAAACACAAGGCCCGAUGAAAUUACAUCUCCAAAUUUUGCCCUCCGUUUUGAAUGCAGUACCUAUUUAUUCCUCACAUUUUUUUUUUAUUAUUAGUAAUAAUAAUAUCCGGGUUACUAUUCAAAUCACUAUGCAGCUCUGUCAUACGUGUUUCAAAAUGAUUGUAUACGACUCCAAUGUCCUUUAAUUCCUUUAUGCAAACAGUUGCCUUUCUCCUAAAGAUGUGGAAAAUCAAAUGCAUUUUUCAAAAUUGUUCCUUAUCAUGGUGAUGAAGAGAUUAACUCAGGCAAACAAAAUGUAUUGACAAAAAUACAGUAUUACGACACGCUGAAUACCUUACCACAACACUCCUGAAGGAUGUCACUCUGGUCUGAAUGGGAGCUAGAACUUCAAAGACUAAUUACCGUUGUAAAAUGUAUGCAUUUUUUUAUAUUAAGGAAAAACAUUGUAGCAUCUUUGUAAAUAUUUUUUAUAAUAAAAGGUGCAACUAUU